UUUGUUAUUAUAACAGCCAAAAAUGUCAACCAAUAAGCCGUAUAAAGUGCUGAUUGCGCAUACCGAUGUCCCCCCAGAGGGCAUUGAAAUUCUGAAGGAGAAAUGCGAAGUUAUUCGAAUAACAAACGCCCCGCUUAAUCGGAUCGAGAUUCUGGAGAAGAUCAAGGGCGUACAUGCUGCCAUUUGGAGCGGUCGGGAUAUCCUUAAUGCUGAGAUUCUGGAUGCUGCUGGUCCGCAAUUUAAGGCAGUAUCUACAAUGUCCUUGGGUAUCAACAAUGUUGAUGUACCGGAGCUGAAGAAACGAGGCAUUCCCCUGGGAAGUACUCCUGGGAUGCUUACGGUGGCAGUGGCUGAUCUAACGGUGGGUUUGCUGAUCGGCGCCGCUCGGAGAUUUCAAGAAGGCCGCAGGAAGAUCGAGAGUAACAAUUGGGACAAAGACCAUCUAAACUGGAUGCUGGGUCAGGACAUCCGUGACACCACAGUAGGUUUUUACGGUUUUGGGGGCAUUGGUCAGGCAGUGGCCAAGCGUUUGGCCGGUUUUGAUAUCGAUCGUGUGCUCUAUACCACUCGGAACCGUGUAAGUUUAGAGAUCGAAGAGCAGUACAAUGCCAAGAAGGUGGAUUUCGAUACACUCCUUGCUGAAAGUGACUUCCUGGUCAUUGUAGCUCCAUUGACCAAGGAAACGCAAGGUUUGUUUAACGCGGAAGCGUUUAAUAAAAUGAAGAAAUCCGCAGUAUUGGUCAACGUUGGCAGGGGCAAAAUUGUCAAUCAGGACGAUCUUUAUGAUGCUUUGAAAUCAAAUAGAAUCUUUGCGGCUGGCUUAGAUGUUAUGGAUCCCGAGCCGCUUCGUUCCAGUGAUAAGUUACUGGCUCUAGACAAUGUUGUGGUAACUCCCCAUGUGGGCUAUGCCACCAAGAGAACGCGCAUCGAUGCUGCCACUUUGGCUUCCCACAAUGUGCUUCGAGGAUUAGCUGGUGAGCCCAUGCUGUCACCUGCUUACUAA